AUUAAAAUUACACUAUUAAAAAUUAUAAUUAUUAUCCCAAUAAUACUUAUUUUAUUAAAAAACCCUAUGUCCAUAGGAAUAAUACUUAUUGUACAAACAUUAUUUAUAUGUAUGUUAAUAAAUAAAAUAAUAAUUACAACAUGAUUUAUAAUAAUUACAUUUUUAAUAAUAAUUGGUGGAUUAAUGAUUCUAUUUAUAUAUAUAAGAAGAAUUGCAUCAAAUGAAAAAUUUAAAUUAAAUAUAAAUAUAACAUUAACAAUAAUUAUUUUUAUUAUUAUCAGUGACGAAAUAAUAAAUGAAAACCAAGUAAUAGAUAAACUAGAAUUAUCAGAAAAUAACCCAAUAGAAAAAAUUUCAAUAAUCAAAUUAUACAAUGAAAAAUCAAUAAUCAUUACUAUAAUUAUAGUAAUAUUUUUACUAUUAACUAUAAUUUCCACAACAAAAAUUGUCAAAUUACACGAAGGACCUUUACGAAAAAAAACUUAUGAAUAA